CCGUCUCGUGCUCGCGCUGCCAGUCGUUUCGUACACGAGAAGGCGCUUCGGUCGCAUGGCCGCCCUCAGUACUCGCGAGCCUCGCUCGGUGUGUGUUUCGUGGUGUGGUUGUCGUCGCCGUGACUGUCGUUCCCAGUUGUUUCCGGCCGCCUGUCUCGCACGUUGCCUGUCCGCGCGACGUUCGCAAUUAAUUCCGUUCGCGAAUCCGUCCCGCCCGACGCGACGGCCGUCUCGUCGCGAUUCUCCGCCGCCGCGAACGAUAUCCCUCGCUCUCUCUCGCUCUCCUUCUCUUUCACUCUCGCGCGAACGGGAGGAAGAGGCAGCGGCGGCGGCGGCGGCGGCGUCCGUUGAGUUCGUGUCGCCCGUGCGGCACGUAUCCGUGUGUCAGUGUGCGUGAACAGUGCGUUGUGUACUCCAGCGUCGUCGGCGCCGACGAGGAAGAUCGCCGGGAUCUCCCGUGCCCUCUCUCGGUCGCCAUCUCUCCGCUCUCUCCGUCUCUCGCGACCGUUUCCUUCCCAUCCGCGUGACGGCGACGUUCCACGUUCGCGUGUGCUACGGAGUUUGGAGUACUACGCGCCGCUCCCCGUGUGUUUACGAUCGUUGCGUCCUCUCUAUCGCCGUCUCACUCUCCUCUCACCUGCGCUCCUCGUCUCGCCUCGCCUCGCCUCGCUGCCUGGCGCGGACAGGUGUCUCGUGGAAGCAACGGAGGAGAGAGCCGACGCCUGCUCUCUGUGAUAUAACGUCGGGCCUUCGCGGCGCCUCGACGGCCCUUCCCGAAUCCUGCCGAGAAAACGAGCCCUCCACUGCCUGAGUCGUCGUUAUCGUCGUCUACCGACAACCGCCAGAAUACGGACGCGGAGACGCGACUCUCCUUCAGUCAUCAACGUCGCUCUCGCGGUUCUCCGUACGAGAUAUUUUCCAUGGUAUGUGCCAAUCGCGAGGAAUUCCGUUGUAAAUAGCCAGCGUCUCUCCAUGAAGCCGGUCUCGAUUUAAACGACUUUUCGUACGUUCGUCUACUCUGAUGGAUCCCGUCAAGGUGCACCGUGCCAUAAUCUCGAUAGAAUAACCGAGUUGCUUCCCGCACCAAGAAGAAAUUUCUAUCUGGAGCGUGCAAGAUAAUUAGCUCGACGUCUGUAAUCGAGCGGGCGAUAACGAGAGCGUCAUUCGUAUACAUGUGAUAUAAUCACGCGCUUAAACGACGCUCGAGAGAUCACGUUGUACACUCAAGUAUACGCAAGUUUACAAGUGAAGAGUUGAAAGAUCUCUCGGAGCAAUCGGCGCCUCUUUGCGCGACGCGGACGAUCAGAUGUGCGCUCGCCCGGGAGGGAUCAGUAAUCGCCGAUAGUUGGUCGACAACGACGACAGUCGACCGCGCGUAAUCUCGAGGUAUCUCGGGGAUCAUUAUCGUUGUCACGGGAUCGCGCUCGAGCACGUGGGAGCCGCGCGAAUCUCACCGUCGAGCCGUGGAGCCGCGAACGAGAAGUGGUGAACGACGACGACGCGAGCCGCUGCCGCCGAUCCCUCGAGCAGGUGCACACCGGGAUGCGCGCCACGCUGACAGGGACCACCCGGUAGCUCCGUUGCCGGCUUUCGUAGCGAUCCUCAGCCCGUGGCGCCGGAAGAGACGGGGUCGCUGCAAGGAUCGGGCCCCGAACGCGAUGUCCAUACGCGUAAGUGGCGUCUACCUGGUGCCCACCAGCCCGGGCGCCACCGACAACGGCGGCAAUGACAAGAGCGGCGGUUUGGCUGUGGAUGGCAAUCUGCAUCAUCAACAGCAGCACCAUCAUCAUCACCAUCACUCGACGACGAAAACGGUGACGAUCGUGACGGCGCCGCAGCGCAGCAACAGUCUGGAUUACCUUAACUUCGAGGAGAAGCGACAGAUCAUCGCGUCGUCUUUGUCUUUGAGUGACUUUUUGGCGCAUGGACCAGCAGCAGCCGCGGCUGCCGCCAAGGAGGUAGCGGCGAACACGGUGAUCGCGAAAAAGCAAAAUGGUGCUGCUCUGCGAACAAAUAGUCUGGGUUCGGGUGCGAGAACGCCGCCCUUGGAAAGAAAAAGUAAAUUUUCUGCCCUCGGUAGACUCUUCAAACCUUGGAAGUGGAAGCGGAAAAAGAAAUCGGAUAAAUUUGAGGCCGCUUCUCUGUCGCUCGAGAGAAAAAUCUCAGUACGUGCCAGCAGAGAUGAAUUGGUGCAGAAAGGGAUAUUGCUGCCCGUGAUACGGUCGACAUCGUUUCCGGAAAAUGAAACGAUAAGCGAGUCGGCGACGGACGCGCAAAAACCACCGACGCCGCAGCAAACGCCUCAACAACAGCAGCAACAACAACAGCCGUCGCAGCAACAACCACCCGGCGGUACCGUGGCUGGUGGCACCGGGGGUGGCGACGGCACCCCCGCGGCAACACCCACGUCCGCCGGUAACGUGCAGCAAUCCCAACAAGCGGUACCUUCGGCCACGCCGACCCCGACGACUGCCAACCCGCAUUCUACUGCAGGACCGCCCAGCAGCAAUCAACCAUCGCCUCAUCCCUCGCCUCUCUACCCCGUGAUGCCACAGCAGGCCAGCCAGCCCAACGGCAGCACGCAAGAGCCGAAGAAGGAAAAGACUGAACAGAAUGCGAAUGGCGCGAUAUCGCCGAAUGGCGAGCCGCAGGCCGCCAAUUUGGGCACGGCGGUGCCGGUCCCGGGCCCGGCCCCGGAUGCCGGGAACCAGCAAAAGCCGAACAGGCCAAACACCCUCGACCCCAGGGUGAUAGCCAGGAGGCUGAUCUUGUUCGACAUGGACAAGGGGGUGCUGGAUCAGAGCGCCGACAAUCAGCAGGUAAUCGAGAGGUGUUAUCCAUUACCGCCUCAGAAUACCCUGAUGCUGUCGGAGCUCCCAGAACCGCCGAUUCCUUUGAGUGAAAUCGGCCCUAUACCACCCCCGCCCAUGUUCAGCUCCCCGAGUCCCACUUUACUGGCGAGACAACGGCAAAUCCCGGUCUCGGACUGCGAGGACGAGGAUGAGGAAGACGUCGAUGUGGAGGAGGAGGACGACAAUAUGUACGCCUUCAGGGUGUCGCAGCCAGAUCCGGCGAUCGACACGUCUCGCGUUGAAGAGAUACCGGCGAAGGAACCUAAGUUCCACGCGGUACCGCUGAAGAGCGUGCUGAAGAAACGGGGCUCCGGAAGCGGACCCGGCACGCCGCAGAACACGCCGACGCAGGAGAACAGGCCGCUGACACUUCGCCAGGAGCUCCACGCCUCGUUCAAAAGGCCACCGUUGAGGCCUAGGAUGAGAAUAUGCAGUCGACCGGUCAGAUUCGGCCUCGCUCUACCCUGCACGUUGGAGAACAAGGAGAACGCGAGACCUUACGUCAUCCGAGAAGACGCGGACGGCGACUCCGGCGACGGACAAGUCCUCUACAGGGAUGAUUACGACGACGAGAAAAAUUCGACGCCUUCUGUCUCGACAGGCCGUUUGGCAGCCAAGAUCGCGCGUAAGGAAUCGCUUUCGCUGAAACUCGCCCUCAGGCCGGAUAGACAGGAGCUCAUCAACAGGAACAUCCUUCAGCUGCAGACAGACAAUGAGAGGCAGGAGACGAAAGAGGCCAUUGGCGCCAAGCUUAUCAGGCGGCUGAGCAUGCGGCCGACCCAGGAGGAACUUGAGGAGAGGAACAUUUUGAAAAAACAAAGUCCCGCCGAGGAGAAGAAGCAGAAGGAAGAGAAGAAGCGCUAUCUCCUGCGGAAGCUGAGUUUCCGACCGACUGUUGAAGAGCUUAAGGAGAAAAAAAUCAUCCGGUUCAACGACUAUAUCGAGGUAACGCAGGCUCACGAUUACGACAGAAGAGCCGACAAGCCUUGGACACGGUUAACUCCGAAGGACAAGGCUGCUAUUAGGAAAGAGUUAAACGAAUUCAAGAGCUCGGAGAUGGCCGUUCACGAGGACAGCCGACACCUCACCAGGUUCCAUAGGCCAUGACAAUUGCAAUGUGUUGAGGUGCUACAGUGUGGUGCGGGUAUACGUGAAGGUGCAGUGUGGUGGCUUCGUGUUGAGGCUGGGUGAAGAAAGAAGGAAGAAAGAAUCGGCUAAUCGUUACUUCCGGAUUUAAGGCCGGAACGCGCGAUACUCGUCCGAUCGGUGAUUUCUUUGACGUUGCUGCGUCGUGUCGUUCGUCGUUGUCGCCAAACAUCAUCUACUGGCACUUCUUCCAUCAUCGUCAUUUAUACACGUCAACGAUAAACGCCACUAUGACGUCGACGAAGAUUGUGAUAGGGUGACUCGCCGCCCCGUCGAAGAGGACUUGGCGGGUCGCUCGCCGAUUUCUUUUCAUAAGGGUCGUUCACACCCGUGCUUGGCCGAACAGUUGUUCGCGCUUUCCAACAUAUAUCCAACUACUCUUCAUCUUUGUAUCUUCGACACUGAUCUCGUUAUACUACACGCGUCGAGGUGUUUAUAUUAUCAAGAUAUCUUGAAAAUAUUCUUAAAUCUUUGCGCGAUAAAUUCUCAAGUAGAUACGCUACGCGCGAGUAUCUCUUUCCGCAUUCAACGACAUCAUUGAAGCUUAAAACUACGAUCUGUCUCCUUCGGGUUCAGCUCUUGAAAGCUUGCCGUUGUGAAAAUCAAAACGCUGUAUAGUAAGUAAGACUUUUUUAUCGAAACGCUCACGUGUGUCCGCAUGUUUACGCUGAAUAAGAUCGGUAGUCAUUUUUAAUUACAUAUCUUAUCUCGUUCAUCGACAUUUCUUGUUAUGAAUUUUUUUAAAGUUUUUCUUUGUUGUAUAAUAUAUUUAAGAAUUAUGUGAGACGUGAAUACACGUCUGUCACGGAUGUAUUUUAGUGAUAAAAAGAUUAUGUACGAGGGAAGCGCCGCGUGUCACACGUAUAUCAAUGCGUGAGAACAUGUAGAUUAAUCGCGUGCAAAUUAACCAUGUUUAAAAUUAAGCAUGAGCCUUCGGCGUAAUUCUCUGGACACUACGAGCGCGCGUGUGAACAUACCCUUAAACAUGUAAACAUCAUUUUGCAAUCAAGCUAGCUCAUCAGUGUCACCUGGCAUCGUUGUAUAUGUAAAUGUCUCUCAAGUUUCGAGCCAUUAUAAAACAGAGAUAUGUGAUAUGUCUCGUUGAUAUCACGAAAGGAAAGAAUACUCGAAUCCUGUAAUAUUCAAGGAUCAAACGGGAGAUACAUCACAUUACAAGCGAUUUGUCUCGUAAAUAACGUCGAGUAAAGUGAGUUCCGUUUAGUUAAAAAAAAAAAAAAAAAAGUUUUAGUAUUAAUAUUUUUAUACGUUGACGAAUGAACAGCAGAGAUUUUCCGCAAAAUCAUUUCUCGAUAUAACCCUCGUUUUUAAUUAUUAAGAUUAUUCGGCUGACGUCCGAAAAUGUGAUUUACGAUAAUUCCAUGUUCUCACGAUUUUCCCGCGGUCCGCGCAGAGAGUAUUCAUUGCUUGAGACUUUACUAACACUAUUGCGUACAUAGUUCGUUAUAAGCUCUUCGUAUACACCAUGCGAGGAAUGAAAACAGCCAUUCAGUGUCUACGACAAUCGGUCGACUGCUCGAUCGACAAAACUGUUUUCCUUUACUGCCAGGUAUCACUCUCUCGUGGGGCUGCCUUGAGGAGCAAGCGCUUACGAUUAUUAUCUAAAAAAAAAAAGGAAAAAAAUAAAAUUGGACGUACUCCGUUCGUGGGAAAUCAGAAAUGCAUUGUGCAAUUAAACUUUGUACAGAAAUUAGAUAGGGUGUACAUUAGUGACUAUUAUUAUCAUCAUUGUUAUAUCGAUAAUAUCGCUAUAGGGACGCUCUAUGGUCCUCGUUAAUUUCGAUCGCGUGUGCGCGCUUUAAUCGCGGCAGUGUUAACAAAUUCAGAGCAGAUACGCAGGUCGGUUGUUGUUCCGUAUUCGUUGAGUGCGAAUAAAUUCACGAUAAAAUCUCGUUAAAAAGAAAGUGGUUAAACGCAUUUACGAUAAAUACGUACGUUUACUGUGUAUUUUGAAGGAUACGUUUACUUCAAUGGCCCGGUAAUAGAAGAAAACUAUAUCGUUAAAAGCCCGGGAUCGCGCCUGAAUCGGCCAUUUAUUAUCAGAUUAAUUUAUGCCCGCAUCAACUGCAGCGGAACAUCAACAAUAAUUACUCUGCUCAUGUAAAAGCAAUUUGAUGGGUCAAGUGGAUUGUAGUUCUAAGUUAUAGAUCUGUCUAUAAUACUGACGGACAGAAGAAAAAAAUUGAAUUAGGCAGAAUUAGCGCUAACUGACGCCCGGUGAUGACCGGCUCUUAGUAUCGAAAUUCGUUCAAGUCCGUUGUUCUCAACAGAGAAUAGAACGAGGAAAAAGAGUAGUCGCAUUACAAAUCGCCAUAUUGCGCGCAAAUUUGUAUCUAGAUUCUUAGCAGAUCGAAAGAACGAAGUCCAACGACGGAAGAGGAAAAAAAGUAAUGGGUAAAAGACACGAAGACACGUGCCUCGAUGUGCGAUGUCUUGCACGCUUAUCUCUGGAAGCUUCUUGCAUCCCUUUCCCUGCUUAUCCUACCCCAGUUAUGCAAAACCGACCCUCCUGCUCACGUCAACGCGACGGAGGUUCGUCACACCUCCUUGUUUUGGAGAACCGGCGAGCGAAACAAAGAAAAAAGAAACAAAGAGAUCGCGAGCUACAGUCUUGCGCGACAGGCGGAAUCUACGGCAGCGGUGAGUAAAACGAAGUCGUGGUCGACAGUCUACUUUCCUCUCCUCGUUUAGAAAUCCUAGUUUUUAACGAUCGUCCAAUGGGGUGAGAGGAUCGGUGUGUAAUGUGUCGAUCUUUCUCUUAACCCGUCGGUGAACUCAGCUGUUCGAUAUUAAUUCGUCAACUUCGAGGUCGUCGAAGGUAUAAAGGACGUGACGCCUCUACCUUCGGGAAAUACCACGAAGAAGCACGUCAUAAGGAACGUCAUAAAAUAAUAAGCAGGGAGAUUAAAGUGUCUCUCUCGUUCCAUUGGUCGAGCGCUGUGGCUACCAUGUAGUCGACAAAUAUAUCCAUUUCCGGAUUGCCUGGGUCGGUAUGAGUGCGUACCCACGUGUAUGUGUGUGAAUAAUGUGCAUGGAGAGAAAGAUGGGAGUGAGAGAGAGAGAAAGAAAAAGUGUGUGUAUGACAUAUUACGAACAAAUAUUUUAGAAAGAGAGUGGUCGAAAUUUGAAUGGAGCGUCUCUGCGACAGUCUUUUUUUUUUUCCCUGAGCUACGUUCGAAAACGUAUCUUUAUGUCGUCCUGCAUACAUUUUCGUAAGAGAACGCCACAAAGAGUCUCGUGCACACACUAGAAGUUAAAUAAAAAAAAGGCAGCUGUUUCCACGUCGGAGUAUAUAGCAAUGAAGUUAUUUAAUUCAAGGAAGUUAGGCGCUCGCGCGCGUGAUGAACUAAACACGAAUAAAUAAUAAAAUUGUUCUCCAAUCAAUUCCGAUUUAAUUUCGUUUAAUAGGAAUGUUAACUCGAAAUUGAAAUUUAACAUUGAAGAGAUUACAAUUAUAAUGAUUUUCAAUCACAUUUUCGAAGAAAAAUAGGUUCCAGAUUUUUUAAGAGAUAUAGUAAGAGUAGUGUUAUACAUCGUAAAUGCUUCACUAAAUUGCGUUACGAAAAUUAAACAGUUAAAUAAUUCAGCAUCGUUGUCGAUGGAUCACCAACAUCAUGCGUCAAAUAAGUAAAUGACUGUUUUCGAAUAGGGAGGACUGGAUCAACUGUGGAACGACGUUCUCGAACGUAGCUUCACAUCCUCACAUCUGUUCGAAGCGUCCACUCUCUGAGCGUGGAACAAAGGCAAGAAAACUAUAAAAGCACGACAUGCGAAACAUAUGUCUAAUAAUGAAUGGUUUUGUGUAUGUACAUAUUAAUAUAUAAAUAUAUAUAUACAUAUAUUCGCAUAUUGUAAAACACCGUGAUAGGAAAGAGGAGCCACUGCUACACGCUACACGAUAUUACGCAAUGUGUAAACGGUGAAUACUUAUAAAUACUAAUUUUUAGAUAACGGCGCGCUCUAAAUGCAAAACAAUACACCAUAUACAUAUAUAAAUAUUAUACAUAUAAAUAUAUAUAUAUAUAUAUAUAUACAUAGAUAUAUAUGAAGCGUACAAGCAGUAUGUGCAUUUUCCAGCACAGAUAGUUGGUAUUUUGUGUACAAAACUGAAAAACAAUUGUUGGACAUUUUGUGGACGCGCCGAGUUCGAAGCCGCGCAUCGUGACGGAGGCGAAGGGAUGAAAUUAACGUCUCCGUUACAAUCGCAUUGUCGAACGAUUGAACAACGAGACGAUUGGCCGAUCGACGGCGCGGAACGGCACGAACGCGCGUCGCGAACCAUCGACCCUGUAGUUACUUCAUGUAUUGUCAUCCCAUCUGAAUAUAAUGAUAUUAACGUCCAAGUUUAGCGCAUUCUCUCUCUCUCGUUCGCAUCCUGCUCGACGACGCGCAUCCGAACCGUUCCUUUUUCGUGUUUCGCACCGCGCAUAAGCGAAUUCCGUUUAUUCUGCAAAAUAAAUCCCAAAACGUGUUGACAUUAAUUUCCUACAUCCUUCAGACAAUUCUUUAAAAUUCUAAUAAACCUUCGACACUUAAACAAAAAACAAAAUAUCCUAUCUAAAAAUAUAUAAAUCUCUCGUAACGUUUUCCGAAAGAAACAAAGCUAAGAAGUUAUCCCGCGGUUUGCAGAAUAGCGGAAGUCCAGCAUGCGGGCUGUAAAAAGAAGAAUGAGAAAGGAAGGAGUUUCGCAAUUGAACCGUGAAAACGGAUGUGUGGGGUCUACUUGUAUCAUAGCAUCUUUACUAGUGAAGCAUUGUAACGACAGUAACAAUAAUAAGGAAUCAUAGUAAUUUAAGAGUGAGCGCGAGAGGAGAGGAGCGCUUGAGGGAGAGAGUGUAGAUGCGACGGUGCGAACCGGUGGUUCUCCAGUUUUCCAACCCUUUCCGCGACACUGAGGAACCUCCGGUCCUGCGACCGCGAGAAUAGGCUUAGGGCACCUUCGCGCGGGAUACUCGUUGCACGAAUCCUCCACUCGCGGACUCGAAUCUGCCAAAGGGAAAACGCGCAAAUGUCGUCGGGGGUCGUAUACGGGAUGUCCGCUUGAGGAGGACAAAUCAAUCGGUACCGAGUAUCCGGCGCAAAGGGCGAGCCUAGAGAUUUUUACCAAAAUGACUCCACGCCACGCGAGGUGAAGACAGUUAGACAUAAUUCGUUCCGUUUUUCGCGAAUGAAAACUCGCGGUCUGUGACGGAGGAGCGAUCGGGAAAGGAGCAGCGUUCGGGAGUUCCGCUGGCGCGAUCACUCGGAAUGAAAUUUUGCAUUUUUUCCGUGCGCGAUCUCGCAGAUCCUUAUCCCGGCUUCUUUUGUCGCAAUCGCAGUACGUCGUAUGGUAUAAUCGUCGUUUCCGGAACGUGCGAUGGGUGUGCAAGGUGUGCGACUCCGCCUUCGUGGAGGAUGAAAUGAUCUCCCUACGUCUUUUUUAUUAUCGCGCAUUUCGCCCGGACGCGAGGAUUAUCGAUAGGAAAAUGAUUCGAAUGUUUAGUUUAGAAGAGAGAAUUUUAGAAUUUCCUUUUUUUUUAAAAACCAAUGCGCACAGAGGCGCUUGAAUAAUUAUUUGGCGCUAGCGACGACUAGCGAUGUAACUAUUCGCGCCUCGCGUCGCCGCCGCAUCAUUUUAACUUACGUUCGCAUUGUUUUUAAGAAACGUCACUACACGCGUUCUCGCACGCGCGAAGCGUGCGCUUUUCUUUCCACUCAGUUCGUCCGCCGAUAUUAGCGUCGUUCGGUUCGGAACAUUCGGCCAGUGAUCGACCGCUGACGCGUUGCACGGGACGUAAUUUGGAAAAAAAUUGUAUUAUAUAUCGAAACCGAAAGAUCCUCUAUAUGUAAGAAUAAUGAUGUAUAUAUAUAUAUUAUUACACACGGUAAAUUUGGAUUAAUUGCACUCUCGAGAGAUGAGCUGCCCCGCUGAUCCAAUGAAAGAAUCAAGACGCACCGAGAAGCGGAGAAUGAGAUAGAAGAAGAAAUGAAGAAAUUCACAAUUUAUAAAUAUAUAUAAAUAUAUAUAAAAAAAAUAUAUUUAUGUAUACGUAUAAAAGAGAAAAGAGCACGUUGUUCUCACAUUCAUUUCGAAAGACGCUGCGUUUCUGAUCCAGACCCAUUUUUGUUUCGUUGUUAGUUUGUACGCACUACGAUUAUCGCAACUUAUUGUAUUAUCGACGAGAUACUGUAACAAACAAAAAUACUGUUAACUAUUCUUAAAAAAAUUAAAACUUUUGUAAACUGAGA